AAAAGUUAUAUAAUGGAUUUUAUCGAUAAGAUCGAAAAGAAUAUCAGCAGAUAAAUUAACAGUUACGGAUGAUGAAGAAUAACAAAGUAAAAGUUACAUGAAUGAAUUUAAAAUGUUCCAUGCGUUAUGCGUCGCUACGUGUCAAAUUACUCGGUUAAUCGCAAGGCGGCGCUCUGAACUCCCGCUCUGCGUUUGACGAUGUAUCACGUGACCCACGCUAACCGCCAUCUUUGCUUAUCGUAUAAACAGUGCGACCGGGUUCAGCACGAAUUCUUGUUGAGAAAUUGUGGUUUUUCCAGUGUUUUUGAGUGAUUCAGUUGCGAAGAAAUGUCGGAGAUCAAGGCGGAGAGCAAGAACGAUAACAAUAUCGAGGAUGUGUCAAAGGAUCAUUCAGCAGAGGAGAAACCCAGCCCAACGAAAAAUAAACGAGGAGGCACGAAAAGACUCUCUACACUAGAAAGAUUGGCUCAAGAAGGAGAGCGAGUCACAAAGGAUUUGAAUGCAUCUGUUGGAGAAGUUGAAGGGAGGAGGCGCACACGUAGUUCAGCACGAGGCCUAACCUCAUCAACACCUGUGCCAUCUCCACCUAAAAAAGAGAAGAGGGAUACAUCAACAAAAGGCACUGGUCGUGGGCGCGGGCGUCCUAAACGGCAAGAGAAAAAUAAUGACAAUAAUACAGAUGAAGAAGCAGCUAACAAUAAAAGCGAAAAGCAUUCUGAGGAAGAAUCUAUGAAAAUGGACGUGGAUGAACACAAAGAGGAAACAGAAAAAUUGGCGGAUAGCGAGGACAAGAGUGUUGCGAAAACUGAAAGUAAAGAGGCUUCUGAAAAGGCGCUUGACUCUAAUUUCAAGGAGGAAAAAGUUACAGAAGAAUCGGAAAGCUUCGCAGAAGAAAGCAAGAGUUCUAGUGUCAGUGAAGAGAAAAAGGAGGAAGACAUAAAGGAUAGCUCGGAUUCGAGUCAAGAUGCAACAGACACAACAACAGAGGCACCACCUUCAUCUUCAUCAGAGUCUCAAAAUCCUUCUAAUGCUACUACUACAGAAGAAAAUAAGGAAUAACCUCCUUUCGUCUGUUUACCAACUUCAUCAGGUACCAGGGCGGCGCACACAUUGAGGUUACAAAGCCAGUCCCCUCGUCUAUUUUAACAAAUUGACACCUUCUUGCCGAUCGUUAUUCUAAUCAGCGUACACGAGUAUUAUUUUCCUUUUUAAUUCGCAGACGAAAUAUUGAGAUAUGUUUUUGCUAUACAUUCAUUGCCAGGAUAAAUAUAUGUUUAAUUAAUGUAUUAAAUGGUAUUGAGUGUACCAUAGAGUAGUUGUUCUAAUGCACUUUUACUUCGGUAAAGAGUAAAAUUACUCGUGCACUGAUUAGUUUACGAUGCAAAAACAAGGUGUAGAGCGUACGUUGUUCAUGUACAAUGAUAAUAUUAUUGUAAAAUAUAUUUAAUAUGGACUUACAUAGACAAGUUGUUUUCAAAUCAGAGCUGAGGCCGGAGUCUUUAAACACCAGUCUUCAAUUCAGAUCUGAUAUGGAAGUAGCUAAAAUUAAUUCGUACAUAGUAAAUUACUGUAAUACCUUAUCUUAUAUAAAUAAUGACUGAAUGAAAUGGAAUAUAUGAGAAUUAUGGUGAAACAAUUUCUCUUUUUUCAUGGUAUGCAGAAAUAAAUUUUCUGAGAAACGCGUCGUGACGUGAUAUCAAUUCUCCUUCCUCGUACAUUGUUACUAAUAACAACCGGUUUUUCAAUUUUUCGUAUUUUCAGUUUCCUUUGUAUUUGGCAACUAACACUUUAAUAGGAUAUGCUUUCUUUCUAUCGUUCAAAUUGAAAAAAGAAGAAAAUGAAAAGCAACAAAAAUAUUGUAUAAUAAAUUUAUGCAUAUGUAUUUUUUAUAGUAGAAUUUCUGUAAUGAAUGUAAAUCUUUUUAUUAAGCACCGUUUUCUUUUCAUUUAAUGGUCCAAUAUUAAAUAUGUUGAUAUUAUUGUGUAUUUGAACGGUUGUGAAUGUACAGAUAGAUUAUAUAAUUCAUUGAACUAUAUAUAAUUAAAAGGUCUACAGGUUUUAACGAAAUACAGAAAUGGAAUGAUAAAUCUAAUCGUUAAACGCUCGAACGUUCGAACAUGUGUGCAAUUAAAGAAGCAGUUUGUUUUGAUCGCGCUUACAUAUCUUUUAGAUCACGCGAAUGUAAAAUAACUUUAUCCUUCUCCUCUUCCUUGAUAUUUGUUGCAAAAUUUUCGGAUAAAUUCUGAAAUAGUUUAUCAAGUUUAUUUCUAACUCAAGCGUUAUUCAGAUAAUUGACAGAGUUUGUAAACAAAGAAAGAAAAAGAAAAAAGGUAGAAAAGAAAAUGGUUUUAGCUAAGUUGCUUGCUUCUGAUAAUUGUAUUGUAAGGGAAAAUAGGAUUUGCCAUUCCAUGUAUUUUUUCUUUUUCUUGUAAGUAGCACGACGAGACAAAGCGUCGCUUUUCGCGAGAGAUUAAAAUCAAAUGCGAUACGCGUGUAUAUAGUUAAGGUUAAGCUUCGUGUGUGGCAAUUGAUCUUAUCUUCGACGUGGUAGCGUGAAGGAUUGGAACGACAUGUGUCAGCGUGAACAUCUGUUAUAGAAAAUAUAGAAAGUCUAGCUGAAACAUAUUUUUUACUAAUUCAGUUAAACACUAAUCUUUAUGAUACAUAUUACGUUAUAAAUUAGAACAUUUAGUCCUUUUUACGAGAGAGAGAGAGAGUAAACGGUACAUUUAUUUUAUCUAUACAUAAGUAUGUAAAUGAUUAGCAUUUAUGAGAAAAAGUGUCUACGAGGUUCGAUAUUAGAAUUUUUACGAUACGUAUGUGUAUAUAUACAUAAACAUAUACAUACGCAUAUAUAUAUUAUAUAUAUUUACUAUUUUA